CACUUUGUUGAAGCUCCGAUUUUAAUCGAUGGUCAACAUGAAGGCAUUAGUCAUCGCCUUUUUGUGUAGUUUCACUUUGGCAAAUGCGAGUAUUCUUUUAAAUGUACCUGGGGAAACCAUCUCUCCUGUAAUAAUUACCAGAGAAAUUUCAAACAUAGCAGAAGCAUUGAUAGAAAACGUAAAUAAUGAACUUCUAGAAUCUUUCAUCAAUCAACCGGAAUUGGCCUCAAAUGUAUCGACUCUUGCAGAAAUUGGAAAUAAAGUUCUAUCCUAUAUUACCAAUAACAUUCAAGUGGAAGUCCAAACGUGUUUGUACAAUAUAAAGAAUGGUUUAGAUAAUACCUUAUCCAACGUUAAAAAUGAAAUUGACAGUGCUUUAGCAAAUAUAGAUUCAGUAAACAUCCGAACAAUACUAGAAUCUGCUUUGAAAACUUUUGCUUCGGAGGUAAUUGCUCUUAAAGGUGAAUCGUCUGAUGGUGCACAAUUAUUUACAUCAUUAAUUAACUUAACAAACAAUUAUCUAACAAGAUUUUUGACUACUCUUUCACUAAAAUUAGAGAGUGAUUUAAAGAAUGCAAUUUUACGUAUGAAACAAGCUAUAAACAGCGGUUUGUCAACUAAACAACUUAAAGAUAAACUCUCAAGUAUUAUUUAUAAAUUAAAGUCUAACUUCAGGGAUGAAGCUUCAAAUAUCAAGCAAAUGAUUCUAGGAUUUGGUACUAGUCUAAAAGAAAUAUUGACAAUAUUAAGAAGUCCAUGCAACACUGUUAAAUCGAUAUCCAGAGUGUCAGCUGUCCUGUUUUCAAAUAUUAGUAUAACAAUUCAAAACAUAAUUAAUAGAACAGAAAAAAAUAUAAGUAGUUCCAGUGAGGAGUCUUCAGUUCUGGUGAAUUUAAUUGAAGAUAUUAAAACACAAUCGAAUGGUGCUAUAGCACUGGCAAAUCAAACAGUUUCAAAUAUUGGUGAUGAUAUUAAAAAAGAAUUGAAUAUGAAUAAGUCAUUUGAAAACUUAACUAACGUGAUUGCAACUGUAUUCAAUGAUUCUAACGACGAAUUGCAUAAAGUUUUUAAAGAUGCAUUGUUGGGAAUAAUACCCACAAUUCAAAAAUUAUACGGAAAUGGUGAAAAUGCUAUUGAUGCAUUCGUGUCGUUAUUGGAUGUUUUAGUAACUGUUACUUCUAACUUACUUAAUAGACUAAAAAUUGUUGUUUCUAUUAUUAUAAACAACGCUUUAACUAAUUUAGAAACUUUAAUAUCUGAUUCACAAUUGACAAUUCAUAGUGUAAGCGACGCCUUGACUAAUACCAAAACAGGUAUUAAUGCCCUGGCUAAGGACGUCAAAAGUCUUCUACAAGAUAUAUGUUCCAUUUUUGAUAGUCCUCAAAAUUCUGUUGUAGAUGUAGAUACCUUAUCUGAUACAUUAUUAGCAAUUACCAAAGCACUUGUGGUUAAUUUGUCUGGUCAAUUAGGUGACGCAAUAACAACUAUUAUUAACAACGCUACUUCUGAAACAACUUUAUCGUCGAUAUUCUCUAUUAUCGUAAAUAUCAAAUCAAAUAUAAGUGAAAUUAUUGAUCAUGAAUUAACCACAAUUAAUAAGACAUUAGUUGUUUUAAAAGAUUCAAUCGACUCAAACCUCAAGGACGUGAAUAAUAAUAUUCAAUCUUCAAUCACUAACUUGGAUGAAGCAGUUAGAACUGUUUUUAGUAACUCUUUGUCAAACAUUAGUAAUUCCAUCAAUGAUUCAGAACUGAAACCGUUGGAAGCAUCCAAUGAAUUUAAAAAGAUCAUUUAUGUGCUCUUAAAACUAAUUGGAGAAGUUCUAAAUAAUUUAAGAACAACUCUUAGUAGUGAAGUUAGCCAGACCCUAAUCAAUUUGGCAAAAAUGUUAAUCAGAGGGGAUUUAAAUAGUAAUUUAAUAAAGGGUGCUUUAAAUGAACUUAAAUCACAAAUAGCAAUCACCUUAAAAAACUUUCCGCAAACUAUCGAGACUAAAUUACACACUUUAAAUGACAUUCUGAAGGGCAUAACAAGGCUUUAUCCGAAUCCUGUGAAUGCAAUUCAAUCUCUAAUGAAUUUAUCUAGAGAUUUAUUAAACAACAUAAGGCAAGUUAUUGAUAAAAAAUUAGAAACAAUUGUUUUAAAUAUUUCGAAAUACCAAAAAAUAACCGUGGAUAAAUUUGAAGAUAUCACAAAUUCGUUGAAUGAAACUAUUCUAUACUUUAUCAAUGAUGUUGAAAACCAAAUAAAAUCGUCUAUUUAUAACUUAAACACAACGUUAACGGGAAAUUUAGGAAAACUACCUGAAACAAUAAGAAAAUCCUUGAACAACCUUGAUAGGGAAUUUAAGUCAUCUCUUGAAACUACAUUGUCUAAUUUAUCAAAUGAACUUGUUAAAUUUCUGGGAACAGAUAAUAAGUACGUCGUAGUUAUUGAAAAUAUACUUUCUAUUUUAGACAUGUUUAUUGAUCGCCUGUUUUCUUCUAUAAAAAACAGUGUUAGUAAGGAAAUAAACUUAGCCAUUGAAUCAAUAAUUAAGAUAAUCCAUGAUGGAAAUGAUACAGUUAUUAAAAUAUCCAAUACUUUAAAGUGUCUGGUGGUGAAAAUUGACACUGACAUAAUAUUUAUUUUAAAUAACAUUUCUUCGCCGAUUAACAGGGUAUUGGAACAUAUUACCUCCGCCAUCAAGACACUUGUUACACCAAGAUCAUUUUUGAUUAAUGUUCCACAGAGUAUAGUUGCAUUCGCUUUAUAAAUGAAGCGGUAUUUACAAAAUCAGUAUACUUAGUUUUAAAUAAUGUAACGAUAGAAAAUAAAUUGUAUGUGUAAAGUU